CGCAGUGGCAGUGGCAGUGGCAGUGGCCGCCGCCGCCGCUUGGUCGCCGUCGGUCUCUGCGGGAAGCGGGUUAUGGCGGCGGCGGCAGUGGGAGCUGUGAAUGAGUUCUCCGGCCGGACGACGGAAGAAGAAAGGCUCGGGCGGCGCGAGCCCGGCGCCCGCCAGGCCUCCGCCCCCCGCCGCGGUCCCCGCCCCUGCCGCCGGCCCGGCCCCUGCGGCCGGCUCGCCGCCUAAGCGCAGCCGGGCUUCCUUCUCGUCCCCGCUGGUCUUCGUCUUCGCCCUGCUGCGCCUGCUGGCCUGCCACCUGGGGCUCCUCUUCGCGUGGCUCUGCCAGCGCUUCUCCCGCGCCCUCAUGGCCGCCAAGAGGAGCUCCGGGACCGCGCCGGCGCCCGCCUCGACCUCGCCCUCGCCCCCAGCGCCCGGACCGGGUGGCGAGGCCGAGAGCGUCCGCGUCUUCCACAAGCAGGCCUUCGAGUACAUCUCCAUUGCCCUGCGCAUCGACGAGGAAGAGAAAGGACAGAAGGAACAAGCUGUGGAAUGGUAUAAGAAAGGUAUCGAAGAACUGGAAAAAGGAAUCGCUGUUAUAGUUACGGGCCAAGGUGAACAGUAUGAAAGAGCUAGACGCCUUCAAGCCAAAAUGAUGACUAAUUUAGUUAUGGCCAAGGACCGUUUACAACUUCUAGAGAAGCUGCAACCAGUUUUGCAAUUUUCCAAGUCACAAACGGACGUCUAUAACGAGAGUACUAACCUGACAUGCCGCAAUGGACAUCUCCAGUCAGAAAGUGGAGCAGUUCCGAAGAGGAAAGAUCCCUUAACACAUGCUAGUAAUUCAUUGCCUCGAUCAAAAACUGUCCUGAAAAGUGGCUCUGCAGGGCUUUCCGGUCACCACAGGGCGCCUAGUUGCAGUGGUUUGUCCAUGGUUUCAGGAGCAAGACCGGGACCUGGUCCUGCAGCUACCACACAUAAGGGUACUCCAAAACCAAAUAGAACCAACAAACCUUCUACACCCACAACUGCAGUUCGGAAAAAGAAAGACUUGAAAAAUUUUAGGAAUGUGGACAGCAAUCUUGCUAACCUCAUAAUGAAUGAAAUCGUUGACAAUGGGACAGCUGUUAAGUUUGAUGACAUAGCCGGGCAGGAGCUGGCAAAGCAGGCGCUGCAGGAGAUUGUCAUCCUUCCUUCUCUGCGGCCUGAGUUGUUCACAGGGCUCAGAGCUCCUGCUAGAGGCUUGUUACUCUUCGGCCCGCCAGGAAACGGGAAAACAAUGCUGGCUAAAGCAGUAGCUGCAGAAUCUAAUGCGACCUUUUUCAACAUAAGUGCUGCAAGUUUAACUUCAAAAUAUGUGGGAGAAGGAGAGAAAUUGGUGAGAGCUCUUUUUGCUGUGGCUAGAGAACUUCAACCAUCUAUAAUUUUUAUAGAUGAAGUGGACAGUCUUCUGUGUGAGAGAAGAGAAGGGGAACACGACGCUAGUAGACGGCUGAAAACAGAGUUCUUAAUAGAAUUCGAUGGGAGGCGUUUCAUUAAACGGGUAUAUGUGUCAUUACCAAAUGAGGAGACAAGACUACUUCUGCUUAAAAACCUGUUAUGUAAACAAGGAAGUCCACUGACCCAGAAAGAGCUCGCACAGCUUGCUAGAAUGACUGAUGGAUACUCUGGAAGUGAUCUGACCGCUUUGGCCAAGGAUGCAGCCCUGGGUCCUAUCCGAGAACUGAAACCAGAGCAGGUGAAGAAUAUGUCUGCCAGUGAGAUGAGAAAUAUUCGAUUAUCUGACUUCACAGAAUCCUUAAAAAAGAUAAAACGCAGUGUGAGUCCUCAGACCUUAGAAGCAUACAUACGCUGGAACAAGGACUUUGGAGACACCACUGUUUAAAGGAAUGAAUGCCUUCGUAAGCCCGCAGAACAUUGUACUUAACAAGAAACAAGAGCUUCAGCUACAGGAACCCAGACUGCGUUUACAGGACUUUUUAGAGUUUUCAUUUUUGUGCACCAAACUUGAAGAGGAACAAGAAGACAGACCUAAAUAAAAUAUGCAAUAUGAAUGGAAUUUUUGUUCAAGGCCUUCUUGCGUGAUGGUGAUGGUUUUCUCAGUCGGCACUGUUAGUUAGAGCACAGCAAAAACAGAUUCUGGUUCAUUACUGAUAAUAAUUAUUAUGUAAAUAAUAAUUUGUACAUUGCAUCCAGAUGAAAGUAUUGCCGAGACAGUGGGUGGUAGAAGACGCAGAGCCCUCUGGUGUCUGUCUCCUGGUGUUUGCCUUGCAGCAGUCUAUUUUCUGGUUUCCUUUCCUACGUUCACUUAGCGCCCUGUGAUUGGAAUACCAAGCGUUCUGGGCUCUUUCCUGCUUCCUUAGCAGCUCCAGUGUGCCAAAUGGAAAUCUUCCCAUCUGCAGUAAGAGAGCCGAACUGAGGCGUUUGUCCACUUAGAUAUACAGCCAUUAAACACUUAGCUAUUCUUUUCACAUUUUGUUCUCUGUUUUAUUGUCUUGCUGCCAAACAGCUUAGAAAGCAACUUAAUAGCAACAGCAAGAGAAAAUGUGGCACAACCGAGGUGUGAGAGUUUGAGUCACUCUGUCUGUGUAACAUGUCCAUCAGUCCUUGUGUGCCCUGCAGUAUUUUUUUCUAACAUGCCAGAAAUCUACUGUAGACUUAACCUAUUACAUCUGGAAUUCAUUUUUGUUGGAGUUAUUCUAAUACUUUAGGGAGCCAGUUUUAACUUAUAAAGUGAGGCAGCAGUGUGAGAGAGGGGACGUAUUAGGAGCUAAGACAAUUCUAACUUAUCGCUUAUCACUUUCUUGCUGUUUACAGACAACUAAAUGCCAGUGGCACAACCACCUCUGACUAAUUACUGUCCCUCCAAUGAAACUUAAAAUACCCAAUUUUUCUACACGGCAUAUAUUUUAUAUGUUUCUUGUGCUUACUUUGUAACUAAAAAGCACUAGCCUGAUGAUCUACCUUUUGUUUCUGUAAAAUGUAUAGUAAUUCGUUGUUGUUUGUGUAAAUAUGGCUGGACUUUUAUUAUAAAAAUGCAUUAUAGGAAGUAGAGGCUCGUGUGAGGCCUUUUAAGAACUGUAUAAAGGCAAAUAGAUAUUUGCCAUUAGUUUACUGGUUAAAAGUUUGUUUACAGAAUUUUUCUUUGGUGCUUAAACGAUGCUAUGUAAAACUUCAUGGGUAGAAGGAGUAAUCCUGUGGAAGCAACACCAACAUCUCAUGUAAGAAACAUGUCUGAGAAAACAUACUAAAAUACUUGCCCUUUCCCCCCAGAUAAAAUUUUUAUGAUAAAGACAUACAUCCUCAAGUUUACCCUUGCUUUUGUUAAAGAUUUAUUACUUAAACAUAGAUGAUGGAUUAUUUCUUAGGAUCAUAGGCUGUUUAGAACUGUAAUUUAAAUCAUCUCUUAAUCAUGAUUUUAGACAUCCCUGGAUCAUAAAAAUGAAGUUUCAAUCAAUAGGAAAACAAAUUUAACCAAAGCUGUGCAUAACUUUUGUUCUGGGCAGUGUCUUUUUAAGGUCUCAAAUGUUAAUGCAUCAGUUAUAAAAUACUGAUGAUCCCACCUGGUGAUGGUGAGAGGAACUGCAGCUGUCCUUAACCCAGCCGUCUACCAUCAGGCUCUAAAGCUGCACUGCUUUCACUUGGGAGGGGCAGUACCAUCCCCACUGUUUAUGUAUCAAGAUGGCUUCAGCUCAGUGCUUAAACAGAAGAGCCUUUAAAAUCAUGGCUCAUUCAUGAUUCUGUCAGAAUAGAUUUUAGGUGGUAACAAAAUUUUUAAAUGUCUAAAAGAUACAAAAUGAAGUUAACCUAAAACUCAACAGUCAAAGGUAUUACUGUGUGACUGUCCAUCACUGCAGAGAAGCGCCUCUGUUCUCCAGGUUGUUGUAGCUACUGCUAGAGAACGUUUUCUGUGAUGCUGUAGGACCCAGGUAGAUUGUAGGCCAUUUUGUUACUGUCUUUUAAGAUAGGGUUUCAUGGAGCCUAAGCUGGCCUAGAGCUCAAUGGGUAGCCUAUAAAACCCAGGACUUUGCUCUUUUUCAGGUAGAAGUUGCUGGGAUUUUCCAAAUUAACAUUAGAUUUUUGCGUUGAGCUCUGUUUACUGUUGAAGGUAAUGUUUGAAUAAUAAGGAUUGGUAGUUCAUGUUAACAUGACAGAGUUCUUGUAAGCUCGGUGACCUUAUUGAUCACCUAACUGAGCCAAAGGAAAGACUCAGUACAAUCUUUCCAAAUCUGCUAGGGCUACAAAACUUUUCUGAGACUAGAUGCCCAUUGAAUUUAUUUUUGUCUCUUUGUGUUUAACAGGACAAACAAUUUUAAAUUAGAUAUAUGUGGCAUUCUUUGUUUAUACUGUAAAAUUGUUUAUAUAUCAUACAAGAGCUAAUUCUUUGAUAGACUCAAUUGCUUAACAGUUUGCUUUUUGUUUUCUUAAGUCAGGUUUUCCUUUAAAUGUCUGUCUCAGUUUUAGUCUUUUACUUUUGCGAAACAAAUGACUUAAAGCGUGCGUACAGCUACAUAACGUGGGGUUUUGUUGUAAAUAAAUGACAAAUUUUGUUUUGCCUUAA